UCCGCAGCAAUGGAUGAUUGGGACAGCAGCAAUAUGUUUGUUCAGAGGCUGGAUUUUUCCAGCUGCGGAGAAGACAAUGAGUUGGAAGAAGACAACAGCAUGAGAGAGGAAGAGCUGGGAAUUGUGACCCCUCAGAAGAACUGGGAUUCUCAGAGCUGGAGAAUUAACUGUCCUGUCCCGGUUACCCCACAGAGACCGCAAAAUGGUUUCUCUCCAAGUCACCCAAAGUCAUGGGUGAGUCCUGCAAGGAAAUGCAAGGGGUCUCUGAGAAAGAAUGCUGUCCUUUCUGAAGACUAUCCUGGAACUCCAUUGCAUUAUGUCACUUGGCAAAAGCUGCAGCUCUGUGAUACACCACAUACCCCAAAGAGCCUCCUAUCCAAGACGGCUUUCCCUUCACCAGUGGGGAAGUUCCCCUCCAAAGGGAUGAGAAACUUGCGGUUCACUUGUUGCGCUGAGCCGGAGGAGCCUGCCCCAGCCUCACUGGUUAACAUUAACCCGUUUACACCAGAAUCGUAUCGGCAAAUGGUUUUCCAUCCCAACGGCAAGAGGAAAGCGAGAGGGGAGCUGGAGGAUCCCAACCAAAGAGAAAGCCAAGUGGAACAGGGAGUUCCGGCCAAGAGGUUUCUCUUACGUGACAACAACAUGGUUUCCCGCUACAAGAAGGAAUUCCUGGAGCUGGAGAAAAUCGGCGUGGGGGAGUUUGGCUCGGUGUACAAGUGCAUCAAGAGGUUGGAUGGAUGCGUCUACGCCAUAAAGCGCUCAAAGAAACCUCUUGCUGGAUCCUCAGAUGAGCAAAUGGCUUUGCGGGAAGUCUAUGCCCAUGCGGUGCUUGGUCAUCACCCCCACGUGGUGCGCUACUAUUCUGCUUGGGCAGAAGAUGACCACAUGAUCAUUCAGAAUGAACACUGCAAUGGUGGGAGUCUUCAGGACGUGCUUUUGGAAAAGGCAAAGACUGCAGAUUACCUCAAAGAACCAGAGCUGAAGGAGAUCCUGCUGCAGGUUUCCACAGGGCUGAAAUAUAUUCAUGCUUCAGGCCUGGUUCACUUGGAUAUCAAACCCAGCAACAUUUUUAUUUGUCACAAGCUGGUUGGACCUGCUGGUGAGGAAGAGAGUGACAGUGAAGAUGAUGGAUUUGCCUCUUCUAACGUGAUGUAUAAAAUUGGGGACCUAGGACAUGUGACAUCAGUGACCAGCCCUCAGGUGGAAGAGGGGGAUAGCCGCUUCUUGGCCAACGAAGUCUUACAAGAGCAAUACUGCCAUCUUCCUAAGGCAGAUAUAUUUGCCCUGGCGUUGACAAUUGCACAGGCAGCGGGCUGUGGUCCCCUGCCCCGCAACGAUACCAUGUGGCACCACAUCCGGAAAGGCAACCUGCCGCUUCUCCCACAACAGCUUUCCCGUGGCUUUACUGAGCUGCUCAAGCUUAUGAUCCAUCCCGAUCCAGUUACCAGGCCCUCAGCUACUGCAUUAACCAAACACCCAGUCCUACGGCCUUCUCUUGGCAAAGCUGCCCAACUUCAGAAGCAGCUGAAUGUGGAGAAGUCCAAAACAGCCAUGCUAGAAAGGGAGCUGAGAGCCAUCCGCCUGGCUCAAACCUUCAGGAAGGAUCCGUCUUUGGAGCGUGACAAGGCUGGGACUUCUGGAGCCAAUUCAAAGCCCCAGAGCGGCAAGAAACGACUGGUGGGAGGGAAAAAUGCCCGGUCAUUCAGCUAUACUUGCAGUGGCUACUGA